AUGACGACGAUGACCUGGCGCUUUUAUCGCCAGCUAGCUCGUCGUGGUUGGGUGUGUUGGAACUGGUCGCCGGGUGGGGAAGGGGAAGGGGAAGGGGAAGGGGAAGGGGAAGGGGAAGGCGAUGGCGAUGUCGGUGGCGAUGGCGAUGGCGAUGGCGAUGGACGAGAUCACUUCGGUAGUUUCUCACGUCUUCCUAUUGAUGACGGUACACUUUGGAGUCACCCAAGCAUCGUCUGUCCCAUAGCUCCCAUCACCGUUUUCUCACUCCCUCGACCCCUCCAUCCAAUCUUCACCCAAUCCAGACCCAUAGCCGACGUCGUCUCCGUGACGGAAUGCGAUUCCUGUCGGUUUUCCACCUUCAAGUGUCCUCUGAACGAUAGCAACUUUUGUUGGUUAUGGGUCGAGAUGGACGCCGAGGAGGCGUAUAGGUUAAACGAGCAGCAGGGUGGGUAUUCAGGCUGGGUAGAGGGAGAUAGGGUUAGAGUUGGAGGUAGGUAUCAGAGGAUCACUGUGGCUUCCUUGGUCCUCACCGGCGGCGGGGGAUAGGGGGUUGUGUCACAUACGUACAUACCAUUCAUCGAUCUUGGAUUUGGUCACACCAAAAAUGCACGAUACACAUUCCAUUCC